AUGUCGCUCAAGACGCUCGUCGACAUGUGCUCGCACCUGCAAAACGCCUCCAAGGCCAAGCUGGGCCUGACCUCGAUCCGCAGCACCAAGCACAGCAUGCACCUCGCCACGGCGCUGCACCGCGCCGGCUUCCUGUCGUCGGUGUACCGCGCGGGCCCGCACCCGCCGUCCGAGGAGGAGAUGCUCAGCAAGCCCAUGGAGCCCGUGACGACGGCCAACGUCGCCAGCCGCCGGCUAUGGCUGGGGCUCAAGUACUGGGACAGCAAGCCCGUGCUGGGCGCGUGCCGCGCGCUGAGCACGCCGUCGCGGCGCGUGACGGUCCGCCCCGAGGAGCUCGCGCGCCUGGUCCGCGGCUUCCCGACCAAGCUCGCCGCCGCCGGCGUCGUCCAGGGGCUCACGCUCGGCGAGUGCCUGUUCCUGGAGACGUCCGAGGGCGUGCUCGAGGCGAGGGAGGCGCUGGCGAAAAAGGUGGGCGGCACGCUCAUGUGCCGUGUCUCAUAG